AUGGCAAAUUUUUUUGAAAAGCUUUUUAAUUUCGGUUCGAAAAAUAAAAAUAAUCAACAAAAUGAACAAAAUGUUUCACAAAUAGAAGAUACUGGAAUAUAUGGACAAAAUUAUGUCACAAGAUACAAAGCUACGCGAGAAUGUUUGGACCUUACCCCAUCUUCUACUGGAAAUGUAACAUCGGUUUCCACGCAUAAUAAAAAUAAUACGAGAUCAAAGGAACAAUCAUUGUAUGCGCCAGAUAAGUUAUCUCAUGAAAUCACAAAUCUUCAUGAAACAUUAAAAGCAAAAGAUAACGAAAUAGGAGCAAAAAAUAACGAAAUAGAAGCAAAAAAUAACGAAAUAGAAGCAAAAAAUAACGAAAUAGAAGCAAAAAAUAACGAAAUAGAAGCAAAAAAUAAUGAAAUAGAAGCAAAAAAUAAUGAAAUAUCAGGGCUUCGUAGAGAUAUUGAAGAUUUGAAAAAUGAGGCAUCAAGACAUCAAUCCGCCUUGGGAAGAGCAACAAAUUUUCGACUGAGUGAUGAUGAUCGUAACAAUUCGGUUCAGCUUAGAGAAGACAUUACAUCUCUGCAACAAACUUUAAAAGAUUUCUGCAUUGUUAAACCUAAUAUAAAUAUUAAUAAGAAGGAGGCAACGAAUCUUUUGCGACGAUACGGAUGUACUAAAUUCAUAGAUGAUGAACACUUUAAGUCACUUCUCAAAGCUGCACUUCAGCGAUUUGUUCUUGAAACGAUCUUAGAUUCAACUAGCAAAUAUUUUGAAGAAAGAUUACCCGAUGAAAAUACAGAAGAGAGAUCACUCGAAACUCGUAUUGUAUUUGAAACAAAGAAUUUACUAGAUAAAAUGAAACAUUUUGCUAAGUUCAGGGAAGGAGAUGAUGAUGUUACCAGAGCAUUGCCUAUUAAACUCCGCCAGCAAAUCUAUGCGGUUCUUGGAAACCGCGGAUUUUCCAAAGUUAUAUCGAAAGAUACUGUAGAACACCCGUUCAUUAAUGAAACGCAAGAACAACUUAUUAGAAAGAUUAACAGUAUUCGAACAAUAAAUGAUCCUAACAAAAUAACCAAAUUAAAUAAUAUGGCAGCAAAUAUUGUUCGAGAUGUUAUUAGAAUUUUCUUUUUCCGACUAAAAGUUCAAGAACCUGAAGCUGAUUCACCUCAUUGGUUUGAGUACAAUGAUCAAGUGGAUCCAGAAUUAAUGCAAGGAACAUUUGAACAUGAUUGCCAAGAUGUGGUACAGAUUUGUUCAUUCCCGUUAAUAGGUAUUGACUUGAAAGAUGAAAAAAAGCGAAAAAUAUUUAUCCCUGCUAUG